GGCACGCCAUGCACGGACGAGGAACAGAUGUGCACUGGUAUUUACACCGCCAAGUGGUUCCUCCAGUGUUUCAUCGACCAGACCCCCUUCUUGCUCAUUCUGAAGCUCUGGGAUGCCUACAUCCUGGACGGGGAGCCAUGGCGUAUACCAUCCUCAAGAUGCACAGCAAACGCCUCCUGAAGCUGCCCCUGGAAGGUCUUCGGGAGUUUCUGCAGGACACCCUGGCCCAGCCCUGGGCCCUGGAGGAUGAGGUGGUGCUCAGACACCUUCGAUCCUCCAUGGCCAGCUCUGAAGGAUAAGUGCGACCUGCCCCCUCCAGCCGGUCCUGAGGAGUUCCCCACGAAGCCCCUGGGCCUGGAGGAAGUGUCCCCGGCACCCAAGCCCCGCCUCCCUUCUUGCAUUGAGACGCUCCCCAGAGUGGACGGGCCGGCCUCCCCGGGCCCAGCCACCCAGCAUGAGCAGCAGGGACCCCUUCCCGGCCAGGCCAUCCUCAAGGCCGAGGAGCUGCUGCAGGAGGGAAUGUCCACGGAGCCCUCAACUGCACCCCUGCAGCCGGGAGGGCCAAGGGCCCAGGUUCUGGCCCGGCUGCCCCCAGCCCAAGACCCCUUGCUGGCCCGGCUGUCCCCACAGCAAUGGAAUUCCCUCCCCAACCUCCCAGUGCACCAGGAGGGUGCAGGCAGGUGGCCCCCCGACGUGGGCUCGAAGCCACAGCACUGGGUCCCUUUCCGUUCAGCCCCUGCCUGGGCCACCCCAGUGGGCACACCACAGACCAGGCCCCAGAAUGCCCCUGGGACUCUCGGGACGGGGUCCCCCCAGCCCAGGAAAGAGGAAGCUGUAGGGCCCAGGACACCCUUCCUGCCCUGUGGCCACUGCAGCUCAUACCCCUCUCGGGGGUGACCAGCACAGCCAAGACAGAGCCAGGGCCGCGCUGAGCCACAGCCCCGAGGCCCCGCACCUGCCUGGGACCGUCCGACCUCUGCGUCCACAGGGCUGC